AUGCAGCCCACUGUGACCCCUGCCCAGAAGACCAAUAUCCCAACAAAGAAAAGGACCACUGCGUUGCCAAGAAGAUCCACUUCCUCUCCUAUCAAGAGACUCUGGGAUACACUUUAGUUUCUCUCGCUCUUUUUCUCUCCAUGAUCACAUCUGUGGUCCUGGGAAUUUUCUUCAAGUACCGUGACACACCAAUCGUCAAGGCCAACAACCGAGAUCUCUCCUACCUCCUCCUGGUCUCCCUCCUGCUCUGCUUCCUCUGCUCUUUCCUCUUCAUUGGUCGACCUGAGAAGCUCACCUGUCUCUUCCGACAAACAACCUUUGCCAUUCUCUUUUCCCUUGCAGUUUCCACUAUCCUGGCAAAAACAGUCAUGGUGGUUUUGGCUUUCAUGGCCACCAAACCAGGGAACAGAAAAAGGAAACUCUUAGGAAAACCACUGACCAACUCCAUUGUCUUAGGAUGCCCCCUGAUCCAAGCCAUUCUUUGCGCCACUUGGCUGGUAACCUCUCCCUCAUUUCCCAACUGGGACUUCCACUCCUUGGUAGGAGAGGCCAUCUUGGAAUGUAAUGAAGGCUCAGCUUUGAUGUUUUAUGCUGUCCUUGCCUACCUGGGUUUCCUUGCCAUGGUCAGUUUCACAGUGGCCUUUCUGGCUAGGAAAUUGCCCGACAGCUUUAACGAAGCCAAGUUCAUUACUUUUAGCAUGCUGGUCUUUUGCAGUGUUUGGAUCAGUUUCCUCCCCACCUACCUGAGCACCAAAGGGAAGUCCAUGGUGGCCGUGGAGAUCUUCUCCAUCUUGGCCUCUGGGGCUGGUCUCUUGGCUUGCAUCUUUUUCCCCAAGUGCUUCAUUAUCUUACUGAGACCAAGUCUUAAUUGUAGAGAAAAUAUGAUAAGAAACAAGAAUCUCUAA